AUAAACUCCACAAUAAAGGCGCCUCUCUUUCUCGCUCUCUCGAUAUUUGUGUAGGAGGAUUGAGGAGCUCCCCCUCCGUUUCUCCUUUGUGUCACAGAAAUUAUUUUACAAGCAGCUUACGAUCAUGGAGUCGAAGCCAAUCUCGCUACUCGUCAUCUUCUCGCUUUCCGUUUGUGUCCAUUUUCAUGGCUUCUUGGCUUUUGCUCACACGAUGAGGCUGGAGUUGAUACACCGGCACAAUCCUCAGCUCAUCGGACAAGUGCCAUGGCAGGAGCAAACGCUGCUGGAGCGCAUUAACGAACUCGCCCGAAACGACAUCGUUCGUCACCGCAUCAUCUCACACAAACGCGGCCUGAACACGAGGAGAAAGGACUUGGAAGCUGCGUCCAUAGAAAUGCCAAUGCACUCGGGUGCGGAUUUCGGGACGGGUCAGUACUUCGUGCAGGUCAAAGUUGGGAAGCCGGCGCAGCAGUUUCUGUUGAUCGCCGACACCGCGAGCGAGCUGACGUGGGUGAAUUGCCGGUACGGCUGUGGAAACAAUUGUAGCACCCACAAAGGGAGACUGCUCGACCGGCGGAGGGUGUUUCACGCGGAUCGGUCUUCUUCCUUCCGAGCUGUGCCGUGUUCGUCGGAGAUGUGCAAGGUUGGGCUCGCGGAUCUCUUCCGCAGUCCUACAUGCCCCUCCCCAUCAGCCCACUGCGCCUAUGAGUUCAGUUACAUCGACGGGUCGGCUGCCUUGGGCUUCUUUGCCAAUGACACCAUAACAGUAAACCUAACCAAUGGAAGAAAGAUGACACUUGACAACGUGCUGAUUGGGUGCACCGAGUCUACAAAGGGCGAGGGCUUCAAGGGAGCCAAUGGUGUAUUGGGUUUAGGCUACGCCAACUACACUUUUGCAACCACAGCGGCUCACAAGUUUGGUGGCAAGUUUUCAUAUUGCCUUGUCGAUCACUUGAGUCCCAAGAAUGUCUCAAAUUAUCUUGUUUUUGGUGGCAAUAGAAAUGGUCAUGAUCAUCAGCAUUCGUUCGUGGGAAAUAUGCAAUAUACCAAGCUCAUUCUUGGGGUUAUUUCCCCAUUCUAUGCUGUAAACAUAUCGGGCAUCUCCAUUGGCGGUAAGAUGUUGAGCAUACCAUCUGAAGUGUGGGAUUUGAAGGUUGGCGGUGGGACAAUCAUUGAUUCAGGCACAAGCCUAACGCUUCUCGUGGAUCCGGCUUACAAUCCCGUCAUGAUGGCAUUGAAACUGGCCGUAUCGCCUUAUGACAGAUUGGUCUCCGACGAUGGACCGUUCGAGUAUUGCUUCAAUUCAACAAGAUAUAACGAGUCAUUGGUGCCGAAAUUUGUGUUUCACUUUGCUGAUGGAGCUCGAUUUGAGCCACCGGUGAAGAGCUACAUUAUCGACGUAGCUCCUCAGAAGAAGUGUCUCGGAUUCGUGCCGGCAAGUUGGCCGGGUAACUCUAUCAUUGGCAAUAUAAUGCAACAAAAUCAUUUGUGGGAAUUUGACUUGGGGUCUCGUAAAGUGGGUUUUGCUCCAUCUAGCUGCGCCUAGUCCUCGUCAAGUUUAAUUUUUCUUUUCUCAUACUUGUGUAUGAUAUAUGUGUUGUAUCUCAAAUUCAUUGCUAUUAUAUAUGUAAUUUCUUGAGCUUUAGCAUUAA